AUGACUGAAGAGAGCUCUGCCAAGCGGGCGCACUUCGUCUUCAUCCCGCUCAUGGCCCAGGGUCACAUCAUCCCGGCCAUCGACACAGCGUUGCUGCUGUGCGCCCGCGGCGCCUUGUGCAGCAUCGUCGCAACGCCGGCCACCGCGGCCAGGGUCCGCCCCUGCAUCGAGCAGUCUGGCCUGGAGGUCCGCCUCUUGGAGUUCCCGCUGGAGUAUGUAUCGGACGGGGCGGACAACAUGGACAACAUCUCGGCGGAGCGCGUGGUGGGAUACUUCCAGGCGGUGGCGCUGCUCCAAGCACCCGUCGAGGAGCACCUCCGCACGCACGCGCCGCGCGCGACCUGCAUCGUGUCCGACUUCUGCCACCCGUGGACGAGCGCGCUCGCCGCAAGCCUCGGGGUUCCGCGUCUCAGCUUCUUGGCCAUCCCAGCCUUGAGCGCCCUGUGCGAGCUCGAGGCCGACCAAGUCGACGAGCCAGUCAUGGUGCCGGUGCCGGGCUGGAAGAAGAGGGUCCAGCUCACGAGGGACCACACCGCACGCUUCUUCAGCGAGCCAUGCUGGCGGGCGGUCCGCGAGGAGAUAUACGGGGCGCAGGCUGAGGUGGACGGCAUGAUCCUCACCACGUUCCUGGAGUUGGAGCCAGAAUACGUCCGCGGCUUCGCGGCGGCCUCCGGGAAACAAGUGUGGACUGUCGGCCCGGUAUCGCUCCACCACCAGCUCACCGGCGCCGGCGGCGGGCUGGUGAAGACGGCGAGAGGGGAUGCCGCCACCGUCGAUGCCGACGAGUACCUGCGGUGGCUCGAUGGCAAGGAGGGCGGCUCCGUCGUCUACGUCAGCUUCGGGACUCUAGCUCCUACGAUGGAACCCGAGCAGCUCCUGGAGCUUGGGCUUGGGCUUGAGGCCUCAGGCUACCCCUUCAUCUGGGUCUUCAACAAGGCCGACCACCUGGGCGAGCCCCUGCGUCAACUCCAGGCGCGUGUUGCCGGCCACGGCCGGAUAGUUACAGGCUGGGUGCCCCAGCUGCUGAUCCUCUCACACGCAGCGCUGGGCUGCUUCCUCACGCACUGCGGGUGGAACUCCAUCAUGGAAACCAUAAUGGCUGCCAAGCCUGUGGUGACAUGGCCUCGCUUGCUAGACUCGGAUCAGCCCGUGAAUGAGAAGCUGGUGGUGGACGAACUAGGGAUCGGGUUGAGCAUCCGGCCAAAGGAGCCGGACAUGGCGGUGCGCCGCGAGGUCAUCCAGGCGGCGCUCACCACCGUGCUUUGCGGAGGAGAGGAGGGCCAGGAGAUGCGGCGCCGUGUCCGCGAGCUCUCCCUCAAAGCCACACAGGCAAUGCAGCCUGGUGGCUCCUCGCACACCAACCUGUGCGACCUGGUCAACCGUUUCACGAUUUAAGCAGUCUUCCCUCUGGAGGCUACUCGUUCUGAUGCUUCGCUGCGGCAUCAGGCGGUUGCUGGAGGUGCUCCUCGUCAAGCUUUCAUGGCGGAAGCUAGUCAUCGUCGGCAACUCCGGUGAGGCCUUCUUCAAUAAGAAGUUUUCUUAGUGCCAUGUCCUGCCGCGGAGCUCAGAUGUGGGGUGGCUUCCUCUGGACGGCCUUGGUGGCGAGGGGAGGAGGUGGCCUGGUGUCUUUCUCUCUG